CACCUAAGUGAAGUUUACACAGUUUACACUGCUUAUUGAAAUACAAUAUUGACAAUAUUUGCCCUGAAAACAAAUGGAAAAUUAGCAAUAGCAUUUUUUUGGAAGAUUUUGCCAUCGAAAUAAAAGAAAAAUAAUAAUAAUAAUAAUGCAAAGUCCAUUUCGUAACAAAGAGGAUGUGCGACAACAAAAUGAUUAUCACCACAAGGAAUUGAUGCAAUACCCUGCAGUGUACGGAAACAAAUCGUCGAAAAGUUUAUGGUCUAAAAGUAUUACUAUUCGGAAGAUUGCAGUGUUUUCAGUGGUUGUGAGUUUUCUUUUAUAUGUUUUAUGGGGGACUAUUAAUGUAACCGUUGUGGACUCAACUAUAGGCACGUUGCCAGAUGACUCAAACCGCAAUCGAAUCAACGAAUUGCAGCUAGUUUGCAAUGAGGUGUUCACUGAUAAUCGUGAUUUUAUUCAAAACCAACCUCGUAAAAAUUAUGACACUUUGCCUGUAAUAUAUUUUGUGACACCUACAUAUCCAAGACGGGAACAAGCACCUGAACUCAUACGGUUGGCCCACACACUUUUACAUGUACCACGCAUACAUUGGAUACUAGCUAACGAUUACAAUGCAUGCAACGCUUAUCUUGAUGGAUUUCUUGUGAAAUUAGGUUUACCUUUUACGCAUUUGGCAAGUCCAAUGCCUGAGUUUUACCGCAAGAAGAAACCAAUGCCUCGUGGUGUGGCGAACCGUAGAGGGGCUAUUCAGUGGAUACGACAACGAAAUAUCACAAAUGGCAUAUUGUAUUUCGGUGAUGAUGAUAAUACAUAUGACUUAAGGUUGUUUUCUGAAAUAAGAGAAACUCAAAGGGUUUCGAUGUUUCCGGUAGGUCUAAUUGAAGAGUACUCCGUAAGCGGGCCAAUUGUAAAAAAGGGAAAAGUUGUUGGAUUCCUCGAUUCGUGGGUGGCAGAAAGGCGUUGGCCAGUGGAUAUGGCCGGGUUCGCAACAAACUUAGCAUAUUUGGCUGAACAUUCAAACGCUAGUAUGCCAUAUAAGCCUGGCUACGAGGAAGAUCUUUUCUUACGCAGCAUUAAGUUAAAUUUAAAUAUAAUUGAACCGAAAGCCCGCAAUUGCACGGAAAUUCUGGUAUGGCAUACACAAACAAAGACGCGUGAACGGGCUACUUUACGUAUAAGCAACAAAUAUCUUGACGAUCGCUCAAAUCUCGGCGGAUUGAUAAAGUCAUUAGAUGCAAUGGGUGUAGCUAGCGCUUCAGAUAAUGAAGGGCAAAGGACCGUCAUAAGCAAAAAUGGAAAAGCUAGACCAUUAAGUUAUUUUUUAAGCUGAGACAAAACUAACGCAUACAUUGUAUUUAUUUUACAACACUUAAAGUUUAUUUAUUUAAGCUUAAGAGUUGAUGAGCUCAAAUACUCAAUAAAGCUUUAAGGAAUAUUUAGGUUUGUGCCAUUAGAAGAUGACAGUGGUCCUUUUCAAAAGACAUCAGGCUUUUUGUUGUAGUUGCAAUUGCUAGCCAUUCUACCGCAUCUAUUCCUCUAGAAUUCGUGGUACACCUUAUUAAAGUACCUCCGAACCGCUUAAUAUACUUUUUUUUGCAAGAAACGAUAAUUUUAAUUUGAAGAAAACCCUGUGCCUCAGAAGUAGAAAGCAUUACUUGUCGCUUGUUAAAGUAACGGCCUUAGAGUGAGUACAUUAGAUGAUGACAAAGUAAUCUAACGGAAGGUCAGGCAAAUUACGAUAGCAUAAUAGCUAGGUUUCAGGGUGCAUACUUGAUUGAAUAGAAUUAUUAUAUAAUUAAUUCCGCGAGGAAAUUCAAGUUUUCGUCUUAAAGGGUAGUUGUUUUUACUACUACGGAUUUUAGAUGAAAUCCCUUUGAAAACCAGGUAAAUUGUUAUUCGUGUUCUAUAUGAACUUUUUUCUCACUUGCUUUUCGAGUAAUAAAAUACUCGUAUACUACUUUAGAUAGCUAUAACACUUAAAUUUUAUUGUAACAUGACGAACAAAAAUAUAGGUUUUUAAAUUAAAAAAUAAUUACUCGUAUACUUAUAUAUAUAGGAUUUUUAUUUAAUAAAAAUAGAUUACUAACUUAUUGUUCCUGAGAGGUUAGGGUGCCAGAGAUCCGGUAAUGGGAUCGUAGGAAAAUAAAAUUAAAUACAUUUAUUUUGCAUGAGCUCAUCAAUAGACACUUUUUCUGUAAAAAUUAUAUAUUUAAAAAUUAAAUUAAAUAAAAAAGGAAAAUGCUAAACAUUUACUCUCUUUUGUUGUGAAUGUAAAAGUUAAAAGAGCAAUAGUAGGUCUGCAAUGUAGGUCUUUAUACCAGAAGGCGCCAUAAUACAUGGCUUAUUGAUAAUUCUCUCCUUAAUUUGUGGUUAAAUGGCUGCUGCAUAAAUUAAAGAAAUCAAAAUUAAUCUAAAAGUUAAAAUAAAUGAUAAAAAUAUUAUACAUUUAAAUUAAAAAUUGUUAAUUUUAAUAUACAUUGUUCAAUUUCUUUCAAAAUAGUUUAGUAUAAAAGCGGACUGCAAAUUGGAAGCACAGUGUUUUUUACUGGAGGCUUGAAUGUAUAUAAUAAACACAACUUUUAAGCUUA